UGGUCUAACUUCCUGGCACCGAAGCUGCGCCACUUCCCCCUCGCCGAUGCCGCUCGAAGGCUGCAGCGAAAAGGACACUUGGGCAACAGUCGCGAAGGCCUUGUUGCACGCGCUAGGUUCGGCGAAAACGGUCAAGACUUUACGCUGAAGAUUAUUUGUUCUUUGCCUGAACCUACUUGCGUACUGGACGAGCGCGUUGAGGAGCUCUGGCCAUUGGAGCUCGAAGCCUGCACAGUUGCCGUGCUCGAGAAGGUGUGCGCUGGUCUUCGCCAGUCCUUCCCGCCCGGUGUCAGCAUCCCGGCCCGAAAAUUGAGGCGUGAUUAUAACGACGUCCUGUCAUGCCUACACGCCCUUUCCGACCAGGGCAGACGUGCUCGAAAAUUCGAUGUGCUACAUCCAAAGUAUAGGGAGACCAUGUCCAUCUCGGACACGCGCAUCCGUAAGUGCUUUGGGUGGGUACAGCUUCAUGGAGAGGAUAUUCGAAUCGUGAACUCGAGAAUAAACAGGGAUACAUGGGAUCGCAAGGAUAAGACGUCACUGUCAUACUUCAGCCGCGACGAGACGUAUUUUGGCUUAGUCUACGAAUUUGUUCCGCAGGCACCCAAGGAGCUCAACGCCGUUGAACGCCAGCUCGAAUUCUUCCAC